UUGUUAUUCUUACGUAGAAGCAAACCAAACCAACUCAGAUGAAGCUCGUUUAUCAGCUUUGUGUGCUGCUUCUGGCUGUUAACCAGGCUUGUGGCCAGUUGGAUGCAAGAUUGGCUUGCAGCAGAGAUGGCAUCUGUUUCUGUGCGGGUCAUGAGAUUGGAGAUUUGGUGCCGGAUUGCGAGGAUUGCACCAGUUACUACUACUGUGGUGAUAAUAGCAUCGAUAGAAGAUUGUGUCCACUUGGUCAAGUGUUUGAUAUUCUAUUGAAUGCCUGUGUGCCCGGGAAAUGUCCACGCUGGGAUGGCGAGUGCUCGGAUAUAACUCCAACUCCAACUCCCACGCCAACUCCAACUCCGCCGGGUCCAUCUGAUGACUGCGAAAACCAAGAAGUGCGCUGCUCAUUCCAUGGACAGAUUAUUCCACAUGCCGAGCAUUGUCGGUUCUUUUGGACCUGUGUUGAGAUGUGUCCCGUAUUGGGAUUCUGUGAGUUGGGCAUGUGGUUCAAUCGCGAGGAUUUCGUUUGUGAUUUUCCGCACAAUGUGCACAACUGUCCGGCGGGCAUGGAUUAAAAAAAAAAAGAACAAAAAUAAAUAAAAACAACGCAGAGCAAUGAAACUUGCGUCAUGCCAAAUGGCAAAAAUUA